AUGAGUAGCCAAGGAAGAGGUAGAGGUCAAGGCCGUGGUCGAGGUAGAGAUCGAGGUCGUGAGCAGGACUGUGUAGAACCACAAGUAAGGGUUGUCGAGGAUCCGUGGGUGGAUGGAAUUUUAAGGGCUCUCGAGGAAGCUGGAAUUCUAGGAGGUAGGCUAACCCAAGAGAGAGAUGCCACUAUUGCCGCUGCUGUCGAGGCUGCCGUUGCUACUGCCAAUGGAGCCAAUGGGAAUAAUAGAAAUAAUGGGAAUCAGGGGAUCAAUGAGAAUCCAAUUCUAGGACCGGCGAAUGUGAUCAACCCGAUGUCUAAGUUGGUAGAGCAGUUCUUAAAAUUGAAGCCGCCGAAGUUCAACAGGAAGGGUGACCCCAAGGCUGCACCACAUUGGGUGGAGGAGUUGGAGAAAGCCUUUGAUGUGCUGGGGUGCACCGAUACUGAAAGGGUGACUUUAGCGGUGUAUCAGCUGCAGGAGAAUGCAAAUGACUGGUGGAAGGCUACCAAGGGCAGAGUAUUCCCGAAAGGUACCGCCCAAACUUGGGCCACAUUUACUGAGAAUUUCUACGGAAAGUAUUUCUCCGAGAGUGCUAGGGAGAGAAAGUUAGCGGAGUUCAUGAGACUCCGUCAGGGAUCGAUGACGGUGGAUCAAUACGAGGCAGAAUUUGCAAGACUGUCGCGGUUCGCGCCCAGGAUAAUUGAGGAUCCACAGGAUAAAGUUAGGAGAUUCUGGGAUGGGCUGAAAUCGGAUCUGAGAAGUCAGACGAUAUCGCUGAACAUCAAGGACUAUGGUGAGAUGUAUGAGCGAGCGCAGGCUAUAGAGCGAGAUCAAACUGAUAGGGCAGCCGCUUCUAGGUCGCGGUUCGUCCAGAGCGGGGACAACCGCCGUCUCGAAAAGAAGCCGAUGGCGGGAAAUCAACGAUUUGUCCUACCGAUUAGAAAGAAUAUCGGAAAGCCGAACUACCAGCAGAACAGGUCUGGGGCCUGCUUCAAAUGCAGGAGUAUGGACCAUCAGAUCAGGAAUUGCCCCUAA